CGCUAUUCUUAUUAAGGACCCUGCAUCACUCAUCCCAACUUUGUGGAUCAUUAUAAGUACUCUAUUCCUGGUACUCACCAAUCCAACAGAGCUUUUGCAGGAAGCCACAAAAUGGCUGAAAACUUCUCAUACAACUUCCAAGAUUCCAUGGACAAGCUGUGGUUUCACCAAAACAUCCUCUUCUGGGAGCCUUCCGGGAUCAACUUCCAAUCACUAGUCAGAAGCACUAAAGCAGCUGCUGCUUCUCCAACACUCCUUUCAAACAAAAGCAGCAGCACAGAGAAUGGUCCAGUUCACAAAGAGAAGAUGCCCAUGGAGCUGAAUAUCGCCGGAGAUCAGCCACUUUUCCAAUUGCAAGCGCCGAGAAGAAGUACAACUCACGAGUCGCAUCCCUCAGCGGCAUGCUUUGAUGCAGGUUCGCCAUCUAAGCACAGGCCAAAAAUUCCGAAGAAGGCGAAGAACUUGAAGAGCUUGUCAGAACUGGAGAAUUAUGAGUUAAAAGGGUUUGCUGACUUGGGUUUUAUGUUCCACAAGGAGAUAUUGAGUCCGCAGCUCAUUAACAUCCUACCUGGCCUUCAGAGGCUCAAGGCCAAGUGUGGAGACACUGAAGAAACGAGGGAAGUGGACGAGGGACAUGUUAAAAGGCCUUAUUUAUCCGAGGCUUGGUCCACUAGAAGAGCUGAUUCUCCGCCGCUUGAUCCGCAGAUAUUGUUUAAACCUCAACAGGCGGAGAUGCAGAAUCAUCUCCGGUUCUGGGCGCGGAACGUGGCUUCGAUGAUCCGCCAUGAUCAUGAUGCAUAUUAGAUCAAGUUUUUUUGUUUUUUGAAUGUAUAUUUACAUAUUUAAGAAUCAGAGUUAGCAAGUGGAGCAGCUGCAGUGGUGAGUGUAGUUCAAUAUAAGUGUUGUACCAGAACUUUGUCAAUAUAGAGUCUCUCUGCAGCAGAAUGUACAGAGCUACUACUUUUAGGCAUCAUAAUAAUACAAGUUUUGAAUUUUUCUA